GCCACAACUCAAUCUCAAAACAGUCUUCAUUUCCUUCUGUCCAUUUCAGCAACUAGCUAGCUAGAGAUAUGUCAGGGGUAUGGAUGUUCCAGCAAAAUGGAGUAGUUCGACUAGUCGAAAACCCAAAGGCGGAAUCUAACAGCAAGCAUGGAAAAGUUUUAGUUCACUUAGCUAGUAAUGAAGUUAUAACAUCUUAUUCAGUUCUAGAGAGGAAGUUGAUGGCACUUGGUUGGGAAAGGUAUUAUGAUGAUCCCAGUCUAAUCCAAUACCAUAUGAGAUCUUCUAUCGACCUUAUUUCUCUUCCUAAAGAUUUUACCAAAUUUAGGUCUAUUCAUAUGUAUGACAUUGUUGUCAAAACUCGUAACGUUUUCCUUGUUAAGGAUAUGUAGUAGUACUACUACUACUACUAAACCGUUACGUCAGUUCAACUCUCUUUCUCUAACAUAUAUAUGGUUGGCUUGGUGUGUUUUUCGGUGUUGGUUCUGUUGUUUUUUUUUUUUUUGUGUAGGCUUUUAUGGAUAGUUCAUCUAAUUCUGUAAUAUUUAUGUGAUGAUGAUUUAGAUUGUUGUGUUUAAGGAGAGUAAUAUUUGUUGGUGAUGACUUCGUCGUCUAAGUUGUGUAAACUUUUGUACUUAAUUGUAUUUCAUGACCAGUAAAACAUUUGAAGUUUACUUGUGUGUA